AAACCGUUUCCCCUAAUAGAAAACCAGGAAGAAAACAUGAAUGUAGCCGAGCGGCUAAUGCUAACUAGUUGGACGUUAAAUGUUUCAAUGUAGUUCUGGAAAAGAGGAUUAAUUAAGAACAAAUUGAACCUGGGAUUUAUAAGGGACUGACACCGAGCUACAUAUAAAAGUGAAUGAAGAGAUGCAGGCUGGUGACCCAGGGGUCGGCGCAUCAGUGGGGGUGUCUGGUGUUCAGAGCCGGUCGGAGGAUGAAGAGUCGCUUGGUGUGAAAGAUGUGAAAAGGACAGCAACACAAGCACUUGGAGUCGGUGUUCCCAAAAGGAGAAGUUCAUCCAGGUCAAUAAAAAGAAAAAAGUUUGACGAUGAGCUGGUAGAGAGCAGCCUGGUGAAGUCGUCCAGUCGAGUCAAAGGGCCUCCUGUCAUGGAACCUAUUCGCUGUUUGGGCAGUGAACCUUCGCCCAUAGAAAAGAAAAAGGUGACAAAAUCAGGAACUGCUCUCACACCGCCUCUCGCCGUGAUGUUAAACCCUUCACCUCUGCCCAAAAGAGUGAAGAAAACCAAGCAGCCUUUACCCUCAUUCCUUCAUCUGCCCCCAGACGACCUUAUGCUAAUAAAUGCUGUGCUACAGACUAGCGAUCUAACUUCAGUUCAUCUGGGAGUGAAGUUCAGCUGCCGCUUCACCUUGAGGGAAAUUAAAGAGAGGUGGUAUGCUUUGCUGUACGACCCCAUCAUCUCCAAGUUGGCAUGGCAGGCCAUGCGGCAGCUUCACCCAGAGGCAAUCGCAGCAAUCCAAAGCAAAGCUCUGUUCAGUCAGGGGGAACAGGCGCUGCUGGCCAAGAUUGGCUCAACCAGUCAGCCUAAAAUGGACGUUUUCCAGGAGCUUCUGAGCAAACACCCAGGCAUCUUUCACCCAUCUCGCACCCCCAAGAGCCUGAUGGUUCACUGGCAGCUGCUGAAGCAGUACUACCUGCUGGACGACCAGAGCGUUCAGCCCCUUCCUAAAGGUGACCAAGUCCUCAACUUCUCUGAUGCAGAGCAGAUGGUCGAUGAUGUGAAAUUAAAGGACAGCAGAGACGAGGUGCUGGAACACGAGCUGAUGAUUUCAGACCGUCACCAGAAACGGGAGAUCAGACAGCUGGAGCAGGAGUUGCCUCGGUGGCAGGUUCUAGUGGACAGCAUCACAGGGAUGAGCAUGCCCGACUUCGACAAUCAGACACUGGCAGCGUUACGAGGAAGAAUGGUGCGAUACCUCAUGAGAUCAAGAGAGAUUACACUGGGCAGAGCGACGAAGGACAAGCAGAUAGAUGUAGAUCUGUCACUGGAGGGGCCCGCUUGGAAAAUAUCCAGAAAGCAAGGAAUAAUCAAACUGAAGAAUAAUGGAGACUUCUUCAUAGCUAACGAGGGCAGGCGACCCAUCUACAUUGAUGGCAGACCGGUUCUGUCAGGCAGCAAGUGGAAGCUAAACAACAACUCAGUGGUGGAGAUUGCAGGCCUUCGCUUCGUCUUCCUAAUAAACCUGGAGCUCAUCUCACUGAUAAAAGCUGAAGCUGCCAAGAUGACACAGCAGUGAAAGGCCAAGAGGAAAAGGACUCAACAAUAACCGUGACCCUCAGUGAAACUCUUUAACAGACUGAAUCCUGGAGCAACAUGUUUGAUGUGCUGUGUGGAUAUUUUAUUUGUAAUGCUGACACUCACGGUUCAGUCCUGCUCUGUCCAGUUUUUCAGAACGUUGUAUUUAAAUUCUCACACCAAGCUUUUUUUUUAAAAAUAAUAAACUUGUUUACCGAA